AUGGCAUAUACCCCACAUCCAUUCACCUCAAGACUAACAACUCCACCACAGGGCACAUACUACAAGUCCUUCUCUUACCCCGUGCUCAAGACCUUCCUCAUCGCCCUCUUCACAUACCAAAUCACAUACUACACCUGGCUCAAGCUGGAGAUCAUCGAGCAGAAACACGGCAAGGCAAGUGAGAUUGGCGAUUUGCAGGAGCAGUUGAGAGAGGCGGUGGCGAAGCAGAAGGCCAAGGCGGGGGAUGUGGUGGAUGAAGUGGCGGAGGCGGGGAGGGCUGUGGCGGAGAGUGUGAGGGAGGGGACAGAGGAGGUGGUGAAAACGACCGAGGCGGUGGGGAAAGUGGCCGGGGGUGGAUGGUGGCCUUGGUAG